UCGGGGCUGUGGGGCGGCGGGAGCGAGGAAGCUCUUGGAGAGGACUCGGGGCUGUCCGGCCGGGGUGCGAGUUAAUCCCGCCGUGAGCGGCUGGCAGUGCUGCUCCUACCUCUUAUGUCGUAUCUCGGGUGACUUUCGUGGUUUCUUGGCUGGUGUGUGGCGUUGUGCGUGCAAGCCUAACGCUCUUUCAUUUAAUGCGUUCGGAUAAAUCGGCCAUGGGAAAAAGACAACCAAAACUUCAUAAACUUCCUUGUUAGCUCAGUGCAUUGUAAUUCUUGUUAGUAAAUUCGGUCUACUUACAGUAUGUUUCCAGUGAAGUACAUUCUGCCUUUUCCCCCCCGUGUUUUUCUUUAGUUGGGGCACUAUGAUAAACUUUGGGGUGGUGUUUCUUUAGAAGCAGAUGUUGAAUGGGAAAUCUUAAGAUGGCAGAGUUGUGGUGUUGUUACAAAAAUACUAAUGCUUAUGAGUGAUGUGUGUCAGGGGAAGGAGUUACCUGACCCGUUACUAACCAAACGUAAUGGGACAGCUUCAUUCCAGUAUGUCAUAGGAAACUUUUUUAACCUUGCAUGUGCAAGACACCAUCUCUGAAUCUCAGCUUAGGGUUUUUCUUGGUGUUAAACCAAACUCCAGUAACUUUGAAAGUCCAACCCAAUCCAGUUGUGUAUCUUCAUUUAUAGCUUUCAGCCAGAGGUCAGCUUCUUACUCUAUUUUUGCCUUAAACACGAUGCUUUUUGCCUGCAUCCUGUUUCCAGCACUGCAAUACAAAUAGUAACUACUUGUUUCAAUUAUUGGAGUCCUUCAAAGUUACUAUUGAUUUGCUGAGAAAUUUCAGUUUACUACUAGUCUUCAAUUUACUGUUUUUGAAUAGUUAUUUAAGUUUUCCUGAAUCACUACUUAUUUUUUUCCUUUACGCUGUUUAAGUGAGAUGCUGAUUUAAUAAAGGAAGUUGUAUUAUUAGAAAAAUAACUUUUCCUUGCUCUUAGUUGCUCUCACUUUCAGCUGUCAUAAACUUCAGAUACAGACAAAAUGUCCUCUAGAGGGAGACCUUGGUGCUUUUAUGUGCCAAAAUGUUGGUCACCUUGUUCCAGUUAAACUCUUGAUCGCUUAUCUUGGAAAGAUCUGUUAUGAGGUUCAUAGGAACCUGUCUUCCACGUUUGUGCUUGGAAUUUCAUUACAGAAUUUAGACCAUAGCCAGUAAUGUAACACUUCUGUAGGUUAAGUGAAGCAUUCUUGUUUUAAUUCAAAUAGAUCUAAUUCUGAAGUUCAGUGAGUAAUCUUUACAAAUUCCAGAGUAGUACUACUCCUGGGGUAGUAUUUGGAGGACCUACAUUUGUGGCAUCAGUUCUGCAGAUGCUUACGUAGAUACUGACUUUCAUACAGCAUUCUCAUUUUAAUCAAGAUGCUUUUAAGGACAGUUUAUAUGUUGACCUAAACUAAGACUUUCAGCAGCUGAUCUCAAAGUGGUGUGGGUUAAAUCACUUUAGCAUAAUGAGUGCUAGCAGCUGGGCAAGGAAACAAAGCAGAAAUGAAAUGUCCCAUUUAUUCAAUCUUAGCAAGUGAAAGUUAGCAAUACUUCUUGACUAUAAACAGCAGAAUGUGAAAGAUUAUUUCUGCAGACACAUGAAUUAUUUGAAUGUAGUUAACCCUAUAGUCCACAUGCUUCAUCCAAAUUAUUAGCAGAAGCUUGGUGGGAUUGUUAUGGUGGUGAGUUAAUUCAACAUGUUACAUACACUGUCUCUGUAUGAGAUUUCUAAUUCACAGACACUUUGGAAAAAUUUAUUCCACAGUAAACAAGCAUCUAUGCUCUUAUUUUUCUGUGAGUAAAUGCAAACAGAAAAUUCAGCAUAGUUUCUGGCAUAAUUCCGUCCUGUAAGAUUAAAGGCUGUGCGGACCUUGCUGUGUGUAUACAUUUGGAGAAUUUCCUCACACUGGAAGACUGCUGAAUGGGUUGUAGAAUCAUAGGGUCAAAAACACGUUUACUUUUUUAGUUGCCAGUUGAACCCCUUCAUACUUCUUUCAAGUCAUCUGCCCUGUUAAGAAAUAUAUAUUGUUAGACUGACUCCAAAAUAGUUGUAGUAUUUGUAUUAUUUGAAAUGUACACACCAAAACACUGCAUAAUUAAUUACCAUCUUUUUUUCUAUGUAUGAGAGGAAGUGCUGCAGCAAGUAAGGUGAAAGUGAUUUGCAGUACUUAUUCUGCAAGUUUGUUUUCCUUUUCAUACUCAUUUUCAUUGUUUUAUGGUAUGCAAAUGCAUCUCUGCAGUGCAUUAAAAAUGUAUGUAAUGUGCUUGGAGGCAAAUGGUGGUGCAUAAUUGAAUGUGCAUAUGUGUUAUAAUAAAGGAAUAAAUUCCAUUAAUAAAGAGUAAUAAAAGUUACAGGUUUUUCUGUGAAAAAAAGCAUAUUUAUAUCCUUACGUUACUCAAGUUGCAGACUAAUAGAUUUUGCUCUGAAUAAUUGAUUCUUUAUUUUAGAUCAUAUUUUUGGAGGAUUCCAGCACAGAGAUUUCUGGAGUCUGCUGUGUCUAGCCAUAAUGAGUUUGUCACUGGUUGCUUACGAUGAUUCAGACUCUGAGACAGAAACUGAAAACACUGAAGUCCCCAAUACUUCCAUCAAACAAGCAAGCCAGCCAAGUUCUUCUGUGAAUUGUGUUCAGUACUUUGCACCUGGUAGUUUGGGUACAAAAUCUACAUAUGAAAUGCAGCCUACUGGGAACAUGGACUGUUCUGGCACAAACACUGCUUGUGAAGAUGCCUCUGAGCAUUAUGUACAGAAUAACAACGCUGAUUUGACAUCUCCUUAUUGUAAGAGAGCAUACUCUGGCCAUACUGCAUUAUGUAUGUCCUACAAAAACUAUGAACAAGCAUCAAGCUCUUCAACAAACUCUGGAAAUGGUGUUUCCCACAAGAGAAUACAUAAAGACAGUACUACUGCCAUAAAAGGGAUUAGACCGUAUAUCCCUAAAAGGUUGCGUCAAGAAAAUUCCAGUAUGCCUGAGAAAAAAGAAUGUGAUCAGAGAGAAAACUCAGAUUGCGAUGUUAAGCUAGGCAUAUCAAGAGAGCAGACUUUGAGAAAGAUCUCUGAAUUAAUUAAGCCAUAUUUGGGAUCCAAAUAUAAAUUAACUGAAGUCCCCAAAAGCUUAAUAUUCAUGUCUAAACACAGUGGCCCUGUCAAUGCAAUCCAGUGGUGUCCUGUACGGGAACAAAGUCACAUGCUUCUCUCUGCUUCUAUGGACAAAACAGUCAAGGUAUGGGAUGCUGUAGAUACAGGCUGCUGUUUGAAAACAUACUCCUGUCACUCUUGUGCUGUUCGAGCUGCCCGGUGGUCGUCUUGUGGAAGAAGGAUCCUUAGUGGGGGCUUUGAUUCCAUGCUGCAUUUAACAGAUGUAGAAACAGGGAAGCAGAUAUUUAGCAGCAAAAAUGAAUUUAGGAUCAGCGCACUGAAGUUCCACCCUACAGACUCAAAUAUUUUCAUUUGUGGAGGGUUCAGCCCAGAAGUUAAAUCUUGGGAUAUAAGGACUUCUAAGGUGUUAAGAGUGUACAAAGCUGCCAUUCAACAGACAUUGGACAUGCUCUUUCUCCCAGAAGGAAAAGAAUUUCUUACAAGCACAGAUGCAGUAAGCCGUGACUCAGCUGAUCGUACCAUUAUUGCAUGGGACUUCCACAGUGCUGCAAAAAUCUCCAAUCAGAUUUUCCAUCGACCUUACCGAAUCAACAAGAAGAAAAGAUAUGAAGGACAUAAGGUGGAAGGUUUUGCUGUGGGCUGUGAAUUUUCUCCAGAUGGAACACUUUUGGCGACAGGAAGUUCAGAUGGCAAAGUGUUUUUCUAUAACUAUCAUACUGCUAGGAUUAUUCGCACUUUGUCUGCACAUAAAGAAGCUUGUGUGAGUACAAUAUUUCACCCAGUCUUGCCAUCACUCCUUGCAACAUGUGAUUGGGCUGGAGAAGUCAAGAUCUGGCAAUAACAAGCAGAGUUACUUUUCAGGCUGUCACCUGUUAGUCUGUCAAAGGCAUAGGAAAUAAACCGUGGUAUGCAAUGUGAAAUUUUGUUGUGAUGUGGUAAGCAGAAGAGGCUGUUGCCUUUUCUUUUAUGACCUCUAAGUGUAUGUUUUCAUAAUGCAGUUAAGAUGGUCUUGUCAUUAGCUGCUUAGCAAGUGAUUUUACUCUCCCUCAGCCCUGGUGACAGAUUUCUGCCUGUGACAAUUUUUUUGUGUCUUCUGCUACUCAUCUGGCCCCACCCUGAUUUGAGUAGCUAAACUGAAUAAAAUUAUUGCUCUUUUUAUGGUGCUUUUCAAUGCAGCUUUCUUAAACCAGGCUGUGUCAUAGAAUUAUUUAGAUUGGAAAAGACCUCUAAGAUCGUCAAGUCCAGUCAUUAACCCAGCAUUGCCAAGUCCACCUUAUGUCCCUAAGUGCCACAUGUGCACAUCUUUUAAAUACCUUCAGGGAUAGUGACUCAAGCACUUCCAUGGGCAUCCUGGUUCAAUGCAUAACAACCCUUUUGAUGAAGGAAUUUUUCCUAAUACCCAGUCUAAACCUCUCCUGGUACAACUUGAGGAAAUUUCCUCUCUUCCUUACCAAAAGUUGGUGAGGACAUAUUAUUUAACAGAGGAUGACAUUCAGAUCAGUUAAUACCUAUUUGAUCUUCCUUGGAUUUCUUUUCACUGGUUUAAACUAAUUUUCACUAGGUUUGCUCCCUGACCUGGUCACUGAAGGGUUGAUGGGCACUAGUGUAGUUCAAGGUAAAACAACUUCUGUGCACAAAAAGGGGGAAGAUCACAGGGCAGGUGGGAAUGCUUCUUUUGGAAAUGGGUGGCUGUCACCAGCUCAAUUUAUUGUAAAAUGCCUUCUGUGAGUUCCAGGGAAAGGUGUGCCAGAUAAUUUGAAGCUAAUUUUGAGGUCAGUAAAUUUGUGUUCUUGAAAUCCUGGUGUUUAAUGAUGAGUUUUAAACUUACAUUUACAACUGUACAUAAACAAAGCAAAACUAUAUGUAAAUACUUCUAGUGAAAAAAUAAAUGGCUUUUUUUAUA